AUGUCCUCCAACCUUCCCACCCAGACCAACACGUCUCCGGUCAUCAGUCGGAAUCGGAAUUCCUUUCUUUCCAAGUUUCGCUCCCCGCUCGGUAAUCGAAAUCGAAGCGUCACCGAUUAUUACAUCGAUCUCGACGAUCCCUGGCGCUCUUACUUUCCCGGCGAUGUCAUCAAGGGGACCGUUAUUGUCACCGUCGUUCGCCCGGUUCGCAUCACCCAUAUUGUCGUCUGUCUCCAUGGAUUCGUCAAGGUCUUCAAGAAUGCGAUGCCCGCAGGGGAAGCCGCACCGGAUCUAGGUUAUCUUGGCCCGGGUCGUGGCCGGCGCGGCGCGGAAUACAUGGGCAACGGAUUGGCGAGUUUGUUUGAGGACGAAGUCGUUCUCUGCGGCGACGGGCGUCUUAAGGAGGGUAUCUACAAGUUUCGUUUCGAAAUGAGUCUCCCACCUUAUGCUCUCCCGAGCAGUAUCAAUUUUGAGCGAGGCACUAUCUCCUACUCCCUAACCUCCACCCUCACCCGACCGACCACGAUGAACCCUACACUCACCUGCCGAAGACGGGUCAAUCUUCUCGAAAAUAUCGACAUUGCGCCAUUUCCUGCCCCCAAGGCCCGCAUUGUCACUCUCGAACCAAUCUCAAAACGCUCCAAAUCAAAGGCCAAGGCCAAGUCCGUUGCCUCUGAUGCCACCCAAGGACCCGACACAUCCUCUAUAGAUACCCCGAUCAGCGGAACUGCCGCUUCAGUCGACAACCGCCCACCACUCAGCCCUUCACCCAGCAACGUCAGUUCUUCAAGUCGACCGAGCAACAGCAGCCAGAGCUUUCAUAUUGCCAGCGACCCCAGUUCCUCAACAAGUACAGGUGGCGGGCGCAACAGCGAAGGUCGCAGUGCGACCCCGUCAGUCUCAGAUCGCACAAUCACCGCCAAAGCCGAGGUUCUACGUGCAGGUGUGCUACCGGGCGACACACUACCCAUCAAAGUUACUAUCAACCACUUCAAGCAAGUGCGCAGCGCGCAAGGCAUUGUCGUGACUUUCUACCGGCAGGGCCGUAUCGAUCUUCACCCUGCCAUACCUAUAGGUUCCACCGCGAAUGGAAAGAAACCGGUCUACGAGGAUUGCUAUCCCCGGUCCCGCACAGGGCUUGGUGGGUUGACGUUGGGCACCAGUCGCACCAGCAGUACCUUCCGUAAAGACCUAUCUCAGACAUUCGCCCCGCUCAUCGUGGAUCCCACCAACAUGACGGCAACCGUCAAAACGUCCAUCCGAGUCCCCGAGGACGCAUUCCCGACUAUCACCCGCGUGCCUGGCGCCAUGAUCAACUUUCGUUACUAUGUGGAAGUCGUGGUUGACUUGCGCGGCAAGAUCACAUCCACCGACCGUUUUAUCCCACGCUUCAAAAUGGUAUCAGGCGGCAGCAAUUUCUCCCCCAGUGGCCAGGUUCUGAACCCGGCCGACGCCAACGGGAGUAACCUCACCGCCAAUUGGGCAGGGAAUAUCUUGGAUACGGAUCAUAUUCGUCGAGAAAAGGGCGUGAUUUCGGUAGCCUUCGAGGUGGUUGUCGGCACGAGGGAUUCGCAGCGCGGCCAAGCUUCAAUAGAGCGCACUACAUCCAACGUCGCCGAGUCCACCACAUCCCAAAAUGCCCAACCUGUUGCAUCAGCGGCCUUGAUCAACCCCGUUGAUGGAGAGGAAUGGCCCGAGGCCAGUCCGAUGCCUGUCUCAAGUGCUGAGUAUGGCCAAGAGGACUAUGGAUUCCCCGAGGGAGCUUGGUCGGAGUACCCUGAAGACUAUCACGAAUAUCCGCAACCCAUUGGGCCCAUGAUGGCUCAUCCCGAGGUGGAAGAGCCCGUGGACGAGAAGACUCGACUACGGCGACACGAGGAGGCUCUUUUGCCUGGUGCGCCAGACGAGGACGAAGCAGGGCCCUCAAAUGCCGAGGUGACGAUGCCGACAGCGCCUGUUCUACCGGAGGACCACCUGUUGCAGGACUAUCAGCAUUUACCUUCGCCUGUUACUGAGGGUGUUCCGCAUGCAGGUCCACACCCGGUCCGAUCAGCCGAGUCCUUGCAGACCAUCGUUAUCAACGGCAGCGCUCCCGAAGCCAGCGAGCCCUCCGCUCCGGGUGAAGACAAACAAGAACUGGAGCGGCAGCGAUUGCUUGACCAGACCAGCGCACCCAGUGCACCACCGGAAGAACCGAAUGGCAGUGGCACUGCCAAUGUCAAUGGCCAUGCGCACGGCGAGCCCGGUGAGGGUCCAAGCGCUCCGGUGUUUGAUGAGGAUGACCAACUCGUUGGCGGAACAGCGCACGCGGACGAAUCCCUACCUCGGUAUCAGCGAUGA